AUCUCGUAGGGCCAUCUUCUAAUUCUUGCAGUAGGACACCCUAAACCAACACAACAACAAUGGCGGAUGAUGAAAAAAAGCGUCUCGAGGAGGCGAAGAAGGCCAAACAGGCCGAAAUCGACCGCAAGCGCGCUGAGGUGCGCAAGCGCAUGGAGGAGGCCUCCAAAGCCAAAAAGGCGAAGAAGGGUUUCAUGACACCUGAGAGGAAGAAGAAGCUCAGGUUGCUGCUGCGUAAGAAAGCCGCCGAAGAGUUGAAGAAGGAGCAGGAACGUAAAGCUGCUGAAAGGAGGCGCAUCAUCGAGGAGAGGUGCGGUAAACCUAAGAACAUUGACGACGCCAACGAAGAUACUAUUAAGAGGGUUUGCAAAGACUACCAUGAACGCAUCGCUCGUCUUGAAGAUGAAAAAUUCGAUCUGGAAUACAUCGUUAAAAGGAAAGAUAUGGAGAUCUCCGACCUGAACUCCCAAGUCAACGACCUCAGAGGCAAAUUCGUCAAGCCCACACUAAAGAAGGUUUCCAAAUACGAAAACAAAUUCGCCAAGCUCCAGAAGAAGGCCGCCGAAUUCAACUUCCGUAACCAAUUGAAGGUCGUGAAAAAGAAGGAAUUCACCUUGGAAGAGGAAGACAAAGAGAAAAAGCCUGACUGGUCGAAGGGCAAGCCGGGAGAUCAGAAGGUAAAAGAAGAAGAGGUUGAGGCAUGAACAUCAUAAUACCCAAAUCAUUAAGACCUUUCACCAACUGUCAAUAAUUAUGUGAUGUG